UACAUGCGUACACAUAAAUCAUUUUACAUCUCUGUUGAGUUGCAGUCAUUAAGAGCUAUCGAGUAAAAGUUAAAAAAACCCAAGAGAUAUAGAAAAUGGAGAACUGUUGUAUUCUUCGAUUGUUCAUUCUUGUGUCCUUGGGAUCUUCAAUGACCUUGGCCUGCGGUAAAUGUGACCCCGAUGUUCCCUGUCCACCUCUACCCUCCAAAAAUUGUGACGUGGUACAAAGACCUUGUCAUUGUUGCAGAGAAUGCGCACGCAGACUAGGGGAUCAUUGUUCUUGGGCUACCGCAAGGUGCGCCUCGGGACUGAUGUGUGUAAAUGAUGACGGUGAGGCUUUGGUCAAAGUUCCAAGGUUUCUGACGUAUUUCAAAGGGACCUGUCAAUUCGUAGUCAUUCAGCCGAUUGUUGUGGAGAAUACUGAUGUCAUUGAGAGAAGGCAACGCAUCUAACACUGUCAUCAUGGAAUAUAGCCCACGAUGAAAUAUAGUCCACCAUCAAAUAUAGUCAACUAGGAAAUAUAGUCCAUCAUCAAAUAUAGUCCACUAUGAAAUAUUGUCCACCAUCAAAUGUAAUAAUGAGAAGAUAUACAUGCAUAUACCUAUCAAUAAUACAAUUGCUAGAUUAGAUGAGUGAAAGCCAUAUGAUACCAAUUUGGAAAUCGUGACAGUGUUAGCAAUAAUGCAGUUUCUGUGAUUGUUCUGUCUUUUUACAAGAAGUGUAUGUCUAAACUGUAUAUAUAACACGAAAUUACGGUUGUAAAUAUCAUUUUUAUAUACUUGAUUUCUCCAUAAUAGAAUAAGCAUUCUAAGAUUAAUAAUUAUACACAAUGUUAUAAAAAAUCAACAUGCAAACAUCUUCUAAGGACCCUGUUUUUAGGUUUCAAGGAAUGUGUCUAUACGCUGAAUGCAUAUUAUUUGAUUAUAGGCUCAUUUUCAUAAGAAAAUUAUUUUAAAAACACUUUAAAGUGCAUGGGCACUUUUGAAAUUAAUUUUUGCUUGCCUACUCUAAUGUAAAACCAAGAAAACAGAGGAUCUUGCUCAAUAUAAUGUAUAGAACAAAUUACGCCCUUCCAUUGCGAGUGCAGCACAUCAAAAGGCAGACAACUUUAACAGCAAAAAUGUAAAGUAACUACGAAAUUAUAACUCUUCUGUGCUCAUUGUACAGAGGGUCCUUAAUUGAUUUAAGUGAAAAUACCACAAUAGAAUUUACUUGAUUAUUACUUUUGAUGGAAGCAUUGGAAGCAACACAACAAAUUACGAUCUACAAUGUUCUUUCAUUUACUGGGAGAAUAAGACAAAAUGUUUUAUGUCAGAUUUUUGGAUUAAUGGCGUGAAUUCGUCUCAUUAUAUUUGCGUGUAUUUGAUGCACUGUUUUAUAAUUGAUUAUUAUCAUGACGUACGUAUUGUCUGUGGCUGCUUUAUACAGAAAAUGACAGUAUAUUUUUGAUCUAAACUUUAAAAGUUUGUUGAAAACGAUAUAACUACUUUAAAGAUGCAGGUCUGGUAAUGUAGUGUAUAUAAUAUGAUCAAUAUGUUGAGAAUUCUAAAUUUCCGUUUAGAAAAUUUUUGAUAAAAGUAAAAUUCUGAUUUCUUUA